UAGAUGAAAACUCUUUUUUAUUUUUUAUUUAAGGGGAAAAAAAAAAAAAAAACUCGGCUGCAAUUGAUCCGGCACUCUUCGGAAACCAAACCUGUGCCUAGACAAGAUUCAAAAUACCAAUACUUUUUCCUUCCUUUCUCGAAGUUUCUCCCCAACCAAACAGAUGAAAACCUAGGGCUUUGACGUUGUCAUCAGUGAAGCUGCUCAACCCACUCUUUUCGUGAGCGCGUGAUCAACACUUACCUAUCUGACGGUGUCUCGGGCCUCGUUACUCAUGCCCGACGAGUAGCAUCAUCCCAAACCGAAAGAGCGCGUGGAAUAGGGUGGAGGAGAGAGAAAAAGCGUAAGAGAGGAGAGAGAAACGUCCGGAUCUGUUCGUGCAUCAGAGUGUCACUUUCUAGGGUUUUUCUGUCCAGGAUCGAAACCCUAAUUCGGAUCAUCCUCUAAUCACCGAUUUUCCCUAUAGCUCCGCCAGUAAACUGCUUCUUUGCACCAUUUCGAUCCGAAACUAUAGUGCCGUACAUGUUCGGAUCCGCAUACCGGAGAUAUCUGGGGUUUUUUAGCCGUCUUUAAUACGUCUGUCUCUGGGGCGCCGGUGAUCCGAAAUCCUUGCUGUGUGGAGAAAGCUAGGGUUUUGCUGGAGCUCCAGCAUUUGAUUCGUUGCAUGUAUGUAUGGCUUCGAGACCAUUAGGUACGGAUGAUUCUAGGGAGAAGCAUCGGUGGGCUGAGAGUAACAAGGUCUAUACGCGGAAGCUCCACAACAAAGGCCUGAAGAACACAAACAAUGUCAACACCUCAACCGCCGUCACUGCCAACACCGCCAACAAUAACAAGAACAGCAACAUCAACGCUGCCCAGCAGUCUUCGCAAACCUUAGCGACGACUGAAGAUGGAAAUUCAUCACAGCCACAGAUCUUAUCACAGUUCGAUGCAGCCUCUGACGAUUCAUCGAGCCUUAAUCGGCCCCACGCUGGGCCACCAAACGGCCGUGAGCUACCCAAUGGAAAUGGAGUGAUGGGUUUAGUGAAGGUGGAUAAUAGGGUCAAGAUUAAUAAUUUGUUGGUGAGGUCGAAGAGUGAGAUUAGGGAUAUAAGGAGGAAGCUGGUUGGAGAGCUUGAUCAGGUGAGGAGCUGGGUGAAGAAACUUGAAGCUAGGGAGGUUCAGCUUAGUGGCUAUUCUGGUGUUGGAGGGUACAGUCAUUCUCAGGUGUCGGCAAAUGAUCUGAUAGAGAAGGGAGGAAGUGGGUUGAGGGGGAACUCUGAGGUGGGUUCUGUGGGACCGCGCAAUUCGCGACCAUUUCGAGAGCUUAGUGUUUCAGUAAUGGAGAACAGCCAUGGGGUUAGUGAAUCUGCUGAGAAAGAGAAGAGAACACCAAAGGCUAAUCAAUAUUAUCGGAAUUCAGAAUUCUUGUUGGGGAAGGAUAAAUUCCCACCACCAGAGAGCAACAAGAAGUUGAAGUCUAAGAAACAUGGGGGAGAAGGGGCGCAUUGGUUUGGGAUGGAUAAGAAUAUGAAUCAAGUGUUUAAGAGUUGUAACACUUUGCUCACAAAAUUGAUGAAGCAUAAGCAUGGUUGGGUAUUUAAUUCACCGGUGGAUGUGAAGGGGCUAGGUUUACAUGACUAUUACACGAUCAUUAAACACCCAAUGGAUUUAGGUACGGUUAAGAGUAAGCUUAGCAAGAAUUGGUAUAAGUCACCUAGGGAGUUCGCAGAGGAUGUGAGACUUACGUUCCGCAAUGCCAUGACAUAUAAUCCAAGAGGGCAAGAUGUUCACAUCAUGGCAGAGGCUUUAUUGAAUAUGUUUGAAGAGAAGUGGGCAGCCAUCGAAGCAGAAUAUAAUCUUAAUUGGAGAUAUGGAGUGGGUCGUGAAGCAAGUUUACCAACUCCCACCUCAAGGAAGGCUCCCCCUCAUCUACCACCACAGCCUCCUCCAGAAACAAGAACACUGGAUAGGUUGGAAUCUAUGACAAUGCUUGUUGAUUCGAAGUUGAAACCUGUGAAUUAUGCUUCAGUAGGAAGGACACCUGUCCCAAAAAAACCUAAAGCCAAUGAUCCCCAUAAAAGGGACAUGACCUAUGAAGAGAAGCAGAGGCUCAGCAUGAACCUUCAGAGUUUACCCUCAGAGAAGCUUGACAACAUUGUACAGAUCAUUAAGAAGAGAAAUUCAGCACUUUCGCAACAUGAUGAUGAGAUCGAAGUUGAUAUUGAUAGUGUUGAUGCAGAAACACUUUGGGAACUCGAUAGGUUUGUGACCAAUUACAAGAAGAGUUUAAGCAAGAACAAGAGGAAAGCUGAACUAGCUCUUCAAGCCAGAGCCGAAACUGGCCACACCCGUGAAACUAAUCCAGCCCCAGCCAUGGUGGACCUACCAAAAGAAACUAAAACAGAUGAAAAGACAAUUUCCACUUCUCCUAGCCAAAAAGAAAAACAGGGGGAUAAUGCAAGUCUUUCAAGUAGUUCAACCAGUUCCAGCAGUGAUUCUGGGUCGUCUUCAAGUGACUCUGAUAGUGACAGUUCCUCUGCAUAUGGAUCAGAUGCAGGUCAUUCACCUAGGUCUCAAAGGAGUUAGUAAGUUUAUUGAGGUGCAUGAUGUAAAGUUCAACUGUAAGACAAAUUACAUGGAGACAUGGCGACAUGCCCUUCAUGGCAGCAAGGAUUUUAAAUCAUACUUUCCAGGCCUAAACAUGACAGACCUUUUAAAGAAUGAGUGGGAAGACCUAGUAAAGGGUUGGGCAGUAAAAAAACUUGCUCUUUUGCGACUGCCUUGUUUUUUUAUUUUAUUUUUUCCCCUCUAGGUGCAGUUUGGAGGUUGGCCAUUACUGGGAAAGCUUAUCAUGAUUGGGAACUGUCUUUGCAGAUGCAUAAAAUUCUCUCAAUUGGACCAUUAUCACUACAAAACCUCAUCCCAAAUGGGAAGUGCUUUACUGGAUGACUAAGAAGUUUCACAAAACCUUCAGGAAAAUUUCACAAUUUAAAGCUGCACUUGUUUCUGGAACACUUAGAUACUGCACUUUUUCUAUUAAAUUUUAAGUUUUGUUUUUCUGCAGUUUAAAUCUGCAUAGCUUUUCUGUAAUGCUUCACUAACAUUUUUGACGGUUGAAUCUUUGUAAAUAGGAUUCCUAUUCUUUUAUUCAGGCUUAAUCUUUUCUGUCA